CGACGAUCCAGGUGGAACCUUGUGGAGUUGCGCCAGCUGCCGUUGCCGCGAGCAUUGAUCCCUCUUGACCGCCUCAACCCACCGGUAAACCAAACCACCACAAGUACCACGCUCACCGCAACACUCUCCCCGUCGCACAAAAACCCCUCGUCUGCCCGCUGUGCAUGCUGCAGGAACACGCUGCCCCUAGUACGUCACAAUGGCUGUUGGACUCGGCGAAACCAUCACAGUCAUCAACAAGAGCGGCAAAGUGGUGAGCAAUAGCAAGCAUCUUUUCAGCGUCUUCAAGGAAGCAAAGGCUGCCUACCGCGAGCGCAAGGCUGAAAUCAAGGCCGAGCGCGAUGCCGCCGCCAAAGAGAAGGAGCUCACCCGGAGCGUAAAGACGCUGCGCAUCGAGGACGAUGCCCGCUCCCACGUGUCGCACCGCUCAAAGGCGUCAAAAUCUGGCCGUCCGCCCAUGGAGCGCGGCCACACUGACGGCCCCCGCACCAGCCGCCAUCGCUUUGAGGACGACCUCAACAGCGCUGGCCGCGAGGCACACAACAAGGAAAUCGCAAGACGCCAUUCCGAACAGCCCCACCGCCGAUCGCUCGAAAAGGUAUCCCGCUCCAAGUCGACGCCCGACAUCGACAUGGACCUGGCCUAUGGCGACGUGCCCCCUCCUCUGCCCGACACGCAGUAUGACGAUGCAGAGCUGAAAGAAAAGGCCUCCAAGAUCGAAAUGCUCCUGGACGAAGCCAACGCCCUGCAACACACUGCCACGGCCAUUAUCGAGAACCUGCAGAAAAACCCCGAGGCCCUCGCCGCCGUGUCACUCACGCUUGCCGAGAUUAGCGCCAUUGUGAGCAAGAUGGGCCCUGGUGUGCUCAUGUCGCUCAAGGGUAGCUUCCCUGCAGUUGCAGCACUACUUCUCAGCCCCCAGUUUAUGAUUGCCGGGGGUGUCGCUGUGGGCGUGACCAUUGUCGCACUCGGCGGCUACAAGAUUAUUAGGAAGCUGCAGACCCAGGACGCCCUCGAGCCUCCUGAGAACCCCAUGCCCAUGCGUGCCGCCACUGCCCCCGCCGUAAUCGAAGACUCCAACAACGAGCUCGACGAGCUCCAGCCCCAGGAGCUCAGCCGUGUGGAAAAGUGGCGCCGCGGCAUUGCCGACAUCGAGGCUGAAAGCUGCGGCACCAGCGUUGACGGCGAGUUCAUCACGCCCGGCGCAUCGCGAGAGCUGUGCGACGCUGGUGUUCUCGACGAAGACGACCUCAAGUCUCGCCGCAGCACCCGCUCCAAGAGGACAACGGGCGAGUCUCGACACAAGUCACAUCGCUCCAAAUCGGGCUCCAAGCCCAAGUCAGACUCGAAAUCAGAACACAAGUCAGAACACAAACGCUCUUCAAGUAAAGCUGGCAGUGUCUCCGGAAGGAGCACCAAAGAAAGCAGCAAAAAGAAGGAAAAGGAGCCAUCCGGCCUCAAGAUGCUGUUCCGUUCGCACACGGUUGCCGUUUGAGUAACAUCACGGCAUACGUUUUUUUAUCAUAGCGCUCGGCGUUUGUUAUUUUCGCACAGCCGCAUCGCAUAGGCAUUCAGCAUUGUUUUUAUCGUUUUUAAACCGCAUAGACGACGCUUCUCUCAAGGGUUCAUCCCCUCGUCGUUUACUCUUUUGGUUUCGAGUCUGUUCAUCUCUCAUGUUUGGCGCAGGGGCGUAUAAUAUGUUACGAAUAUCGCGAGGCCCACGAAAUAAUUGAUUUACGCCGCGCAUGUAUCGCAUAGUUUGGCUAGUACAGCUAGCUGGUAUGAAAUUGAAUGGC